UUUAAGAGACGAAAUCAUUAUUGUAGAAAUAUAUAUUCACCCGUCAUUGCUCAAUUCUCAUUUCUCCUUUCUGAUCAAUCAAUUACCUACCACCUUUUAACUAUGGCUGACGUUCUUGUUUCCAAAGUCUUGGAAGAACUAAUUUCAAUCGUUGCUCGUGAGAUAGAACAAGAGGUGAGGCUCGUUGUGGGUGUCAAGAAAGAAGUUCAAAUGCUGACUACCAAAUUCCAGUUCAUCAAGGCCGUGCUGGUGGAUGCCGAGAAUAGACAAGUGAAGGAUGAUGCGAUCAAACUUUGGAUGCAGAAGCUCAAAAACAUUUCCUACGAUAUGGAUGAUGUGCUAGACGAGUGGACCACUGCAAUUCAGAAAUCCCAAAUUAUGGGAGAUGAACGUGUUUGGGUCAAAGGUAGAGACCAAGAACAAAAAGCAAUAGUGGAGAAGUUGUUGACGGGGAGUAGCCAAACACCAAGCCUCCACAUCAUCUCUAUAGUAGGAAUGGGGGGGAUUGGAAAAACUACUUUGGCCAAAUUAGUCUACAACGAUGAUGAGGUGAAAACCCAUUUCGAAACGAGAAUAUGGGUUUGUGUCUCGGAUCCCUUUGAUGAGAUUAAGAUUGCCAAGGCGAUCCUUGAAUCUCUCACAAAUGAGGCUCCAAAUUUACAUGAAUUGCAAACUAUACUGCAAAACAUACGCAAAUCUCUAGAGGGGAAGAAGUUUCUUCUCAUACUUGAUGAUUUGUGGGAAGAAAAUUCUGAAAAAUGGGUACAAUUGAAAAAUUGUCUCAAAUGUGGUUCACCAGGAAGUAGAAUUUUGGUGACCACACGAAAGGAGAUUGUUGCAAGUGCGAUAGGUUGCAUUGACAUUCACAAAAAAGGACAAUUGUCCGCAGAAGAUUCUUGGUUUCUAUUUAGUCAAAUUGCAUUUUUGGGAUGGAGCAGUGGAGAGCGUGAGCCAUUGGAGGACAUAGGUAAGAAAAUUGUAAGCAGGUGCAAAGGAUUGCCUCUUGCAGUGAAGACUCUAGGAAGUCUUUUGGUCACCAAAAAAUCCAAAAGUGAGUGGCAAACCAUCAUGGAUAGUGAGGUGUGGGAACUAGAAAAUGCUGAAGUUUAUAUUUUUCCCCAUUUAUGGCUUAGUUAUAAUGAUUUGUCCCCACCAUUGAGGCAAUGUUUUUCUUACUGUGCCAUUUUCCCCAAGGACCACUUGAUGGAAAAACAAAAACUGAUAGAGUUAUGGAUGGCACAUGGUUAUAUUAAGGAAACAACAAAAAGAGACAUGGAGAGAAUUGGUGAGGAGUAUUUUCAGAAUUUAGCUUCACGCUCUUUCUUCCAAGAUAUCAACAUGGUUGACGAUUUCUAUGACAUUUCAUAUACAUGUAAAAUGCAUAACAUAGUGCAUGAUUUUGCCCAGUAUAUCAGGAGGGAUGAAUGUUUUAGCAUGGAGGUUAGUAGCUCUGUUGAGUCAAGUAUAGAAUCUGUCAGUAAUGAAGCACGUUAUUCGAGGAUAGUGCUUGCAGGAAAAGGCUCGUUACCGGGCUACUUUUAUGAUGCAAAGAAACUACGCGGCCUCAUAGCUCAGUUCGAAGGAGGUUUUGUGGCCACUGCAGUGCUAUCUAGUUUUUUCAAUGAAUUAACUUGUUUGAGAUCUUUAGAUCUAAGCAAUUGUGACAUUGAAGAAAUCCCACCAACAAUAAGCCAAUUGAUACAUUUGAGGCAACUUGACUUGUCUUCUAAUGAUCAUCUGAAGUCGUUGCCUGAAACAUUGUGUGAAUUAUAUAAUUUGCAAGCCUUAGAUGUUUAUGAUUGUUAUAAUUUGGCAAAGUUGCCCGAUGGUGUUGGAAAACUCAGAAGCAUUCUCUCUUGGGGAUCUAGAAAGUCUGAACCUUCUUCAAGGAUUGCUUAUGUUAUCGGGCCUAGGAAAUGUGGACGACAUGGAUGA